CAUGCAGCGAAGGACGGAUCGAAUCGCGAAUUGGAGCAGAUAUGGUUGCCGUUCAAUACGUCUCCGAUACCCCUCGUAUUGACCGUCCUGCACGUUCAACUGACGAUCAGGCGGUGGUCAAAACUCCCCAGGUACAGUACACGUGGGUACCGUCCUGUCAUUCCUCGUUAGGUUGUUUAUCUCUUGCAUCUGGGCGACAUUCCUCUUUCCCUUUCCCCGGAUUUUCUGAGCAUUUGCCUCAACACCCUCUGACUCCCAGUCCAUAAUUGUCGGAUUCUUCAAGGUCGUGGGAGAAGGUCAGACUCAGGAAAAUUGAACCAGCCUCGGCCAUUCUUGGGGGCUUAUCGGUUCAGCCAGCACCUGCCUCAUACAGCGAGUGGCCCCUUUUUUCUUAGUGCGGGGUGGGGGUCACUUUCCGUUCCGAGUUGCCCGUGUCUUACGUGGGCAGAGACUGCGGAUGCUGCUUUGAUGCCUG